AUGGCGGACCACGAGAAUUCGGCCAUCAAGCAUAGCGACCACUUGCUCUUGGACCAACCCCUCCUACGCCUCCCCCACGAGCUCCUCCGCAAAAACUUCCGCGCCGCCCACUUCGCCAUCGAAAAGGACACCUCGUCGCUCAAGUCGCUGCUCAAGGACUCGGCCACGGCGGCGCUCUCGGGCCGGGCCUCGCAGCAGGACGUGCUCAAGAGCCUCGACGCCAUGAUCAGCCGCAUGCGGGGCGUGAAGCGCAAGCUGGAAUCCUGCGCCGAGGAGGAGGCGCGGCUGCACGAGCAGACGGCGGCGCGGAUCGCGCACCUCGACGAGCUGUACUCGAUGCGCAGCGUCGACGACGUCAAGUACGAGGCCUGGAGCAGGAAGCGGCUGGACCGGCUGCUGGCCGACUACCUGUGGCGGCAUGGCUACACGGAGAGCGCGCGGGAGCUGGCGAGCGAGAAGGGCAUGGGCGACCUGGUGGACGUGGAUACGUUUGUCGGCAUGAGUCGCAUCAGGGAGGCGUUGCUCAAGGGCAGCGUUACCGAGGCGCUGGCGUGGUGCACCGAGAACAAAAAGGAGCUGCGCAAGAUGGAGAGCAAACUCGAGUUCAUGCUCCGGCUGCAGCAGUACAUUGAGCUCAUCCGCACGCAAAAGCUCGUCGAGGCCAUUGCCCACGCGAAAAAGUACCUCAUGCCCUACUGGAACACGCACCCGGUCGAGGUCAAGCAGGCGUGCGGCCUGCUGGCCAUCCCGCCGCACGGCGUCACCGCGGGCCUCUACUCGCACCUGUACCGGCCCUCGCGGUGGAACGAGCUGGCGGACCUCUUCACCAGCGCGCACAACAGCCUCCUGGCCCUGCCGCCGGUGCCGCUGCUGCACGUUGCGCUGUCGUCAGGCCUGUCGGCCCUCAAGACGCCGGCGUGCCACUCGUCGCGACGAGACGAGCCCAGCGCCGAGGGCAGCUCGUCCACGCUGGGCCACGGCGUGUGUCCCAUCUGUUCGACGGAGCUCAACGACUUGGCGCGCAACGUUCCGUACGCGCAUCAUACCAAGAGCCAUGUCGAGCACGACUUGUUCCUGCUGCCCAAUGGAAGGGUGUACGGCAGGAAGAGGCUGGACGACUGCGCCAUGAAGGCGGGCUUGAUGCCAAACAUGGUCAAGGAUCCCAUUACAGGGGAUGUCUACUUUGAUCAGCUGCUCAAGAAGGUGUUUAUCACUUGA